GUGUAGCUUUGCCCGGAAGUUAAUCCGCUGGUGUCGAGCGCGAAUUUGUGAAGAUGAAUCCUUUAACUAAAGUGAAGCUGAUCAACGAGCUGAACGAGCGAGAGGUCCAGCUUGGGGUGGCGGAUAAGGUGUCCUGGCACUCCGAGUACAAAGACAGCGCCUGGAUCUUUCUGGGAGGGCUUCCUUAUGAACUGACUGAAGGAGACAUCAUCUGUGUGUUCUCACAAUAUGGGGAGAUUGUUAACAUUAAUCUUGUGCGAGACAAGAAGACUGGGAAAUCCAAAGGGUUUUGUUUCCUCUGCUAUGAAGACCAAAGGAGCACAGUUCUGGCUGUUGACAAUUUUAAUGGGAUCAAGAUAAAAGGAAGAACUAUUCGUGUGGAUCAUGUGUCUAACUAUCGGGCUCCUAAGGACUCAGAAGAAGCAGAUGAUGUGACCAAAGAACUCCAGGAGAAGGGCUGUGGGGCUAACACCCCCUCAUCGAGUUCAUCUGAGAGUUUAGAAGAUGACAAACCCACAAAGCACAAAAAAGAGAAAAAGGAAAAAAAGAAAAGAAAGAAAGACAAAGAGAAGACUGACAGGGAGGUAAAAGCAGAGCAGCCAUCUUCUUCAUCUCUCGGAAGCAAGACAAUAAAAGAAAAGGAUGACCCUGCCCCUAAGAAACACAGCAGUAAGAACUCAGAGAAGGUUCAGAAGUCUGAAUCCAGAGAGGGACAGAAGCACUACCCACGCUCCCCUGAUGUCAAGACUUCCUGCCAUGUUAGAGCAGAGGGCCCAGAGAGGGAGCUCAAGAAGGAGAAACCCAAGUAUGAGCACAAGCCCUCAAGCAAGAAGGAGGCAAGAGAAGACAAGAAUAGGAAUAGGGAUAGAGGGCGAAGCUCAGACACACAUUCUAGCCGUCACAGUGGGCAUUCUGAAGGGUGGAGUCACAGAAGUAGAAGUAGGAGCCAUGGACGUUCUGAAAGGUGGCAUCACAGAAGUAGAAGUAGGAGCCAAGGGCAUUCUGAAAGGUGGCAUCACAGGAGUAGAAGUAGGAGCCAUGUGUAUCCUGAAAGGUGGAGUCACAGGAGUAGAAGUAGGAGCCGAGUGUAUCCUGAAAGGUGGAGUCACAGGAGUAGAAGUAGGAGCCAUGGGCAUUCUGGAAGGCGGAGUCAAAAGAGUAGAAGUAGGAGCCAUGGGCAUUCUGGAAGGCGGAGUCACAGAAGUAGAAGUAGUAGUCAAGAUAAAUCCCGUAGACAUAAAAAGGCCCAGCACUCCCGGGAGUGGGAGACUUCCAAUCCCAGUGAGCAUAGGCGAUACUGAAGCCUGUUCCAACUGCCUGGUUAAUUGAAAAAUGAAUUGUUUUUAAAAAACGUAAUCAGAUUCAGUUCUGCUGUUAAUAUUUCCAUAUAUAAAAUCUCUGUGACAGUUCUUUUAAUCCCUUCAUAGUAGAUUCGUUAAGAAAGUUGUAAUUUCAACAGCCAGUUAUCCCAAAUUUUUUGGUACUGUCCAUUGUCCCUGGGAAUAUACUUGGUACUUCAUCAGAGUAUGUGCCCUGAAUUUUAGUUCAUAAAUAUUAACCUAUAGACCCCAAUUUGAGGUGAAAUUGCCAGAAAGGGAGAAUACCAGAUAAUUCUAUAAAUGUAUUGUUUGCGGUAGGUGGUAUUUAGAGCCCGGGAAUAUAGGACCACCUCAGUGGCACAUGGAAUUAUAUAAAACUAUAUAUAACUAUUUAGCUAUUGUGAAUUGACUGCUAUAAACAUUGAUGUGGCUGUGUCACUCUAAUAUGCUGAUUUUAAGUCCUGUGGGUAUAAACCUAGGGGUGGGAUAGCUGGGUCAAAUGGUGGUUCCAUUCCACAUUUUUUGAGCUAUCUCCAUACUGCUUUCCAGUGUGGUUGUGCCAAUUUGCUGGUCUACCAGCAAUGUAUGAGUGUGCCUUUUCCCCUACAUCCUCACCAACAUUUAUUGUUGUGGCUUUAUAGGGAUUGGUAGGAUUCCUAAAAUUAGCCAGUUCCCUCCCCAGCUUUCCCUUGAAAACCAGUUUUUAAAUACCUUUUUUUAAUUUUUAUUUUUGUGGUUGAUAUAUCUCUGCAUCUUUUUCCUUACCAUUUAUUUAUUUAUUUAUUUGUAUUAAGAUGAAAUUCACAUAACAUGAAAAAUGAACUAUUUUAAACAAUUCAGUGGCAUUUGGUACAUUCACAGUGUUGUACAAUUGCCAGCUCUGUCUAGUUCCAAAACAUUUUUAUUACCCCCAAAUGAAACCUUUUACCCUUAAGCAAUAACUCUUCAUUUCCUCCCUUUCCCAGUCCUUGGCAACCAUAAGUCUGCUUUCUGUUUCUAUAAAUUUACCUCUUCUGGCUAUUUAAAGUGAAACCAUGUAACAGUGGUGUUUUGUCUGGCUUCUUUAACGUAGUAUAAUGUUUUCAAGGUUUGGCCAUAUCAUAGCAUGUGUCAGUACUUCAUAUUUUUUUUUUUCGAGAUGGGAUCUUCCUGUGUUGUCUAGGCUGAUCUCUUAAUUCAUGGGCUUAAGUGAUUCUCUCACCUCAGCCUCCCAGGUUCCUGGGAUUGCAGGUAUGUACCACCAUGCCUGGCUCACACUUCAUUCCUUUUUUAUGGCUGCAUAAUAUCCCAUUGUAUAGAUAUAUCACAUUUUGUUUAUGGAUGGAUUUUUGAGUUGUUUGUACCUUUUGGCUAGUCAGUUCCCUUUUUGUGUUCCAGUUAUAUAAGGCUUCCUUCUGGGCCUACUUCAGUUUUCAAGUAGCAGUUCUUGCUGCAGUGGGAACACUUGUCAGUCCUGGUGGUCUUAGCAGUUCCUUCUCAUUGUUAGUCUUAGUUUUCUUAUCAGUCCUUAUCAGUUCCUUGGGAGGAACAGGUUCACAGGAUCUUUAAUGCUUGUGCUCCAUUGUUAAAAUUGAAUUUCUCUUCUUUGAAAUCCUGAGCUCAUUUUCAACCUCUUUCUUUUCUUUUUUAAAAAAUUCUUGUUUUUAGAUAUAUACAUGACAGCAGAGUGUAUUUUGACAUAGUGUACAUACAUGGAGUACAACCCAUUCUAAUUAGGAUCCCAUUCUUAUGAUUGUACAUAAUGUGGAGUUAGAGUGGUCAUGUAUUCAUUUAUGAGCAAAGGAAAGUUAUGUCUGAUUCAUUCUGUCUUUCCUAUUCCCUUACCCCUUCCCUUUCCUUCAUUCCCCUUUAUCUAAUACAAUGAACUUCUGUUCUUCUGCUCCCUACCCUCCCUUGUUGUGGGUUAAUAUCUACAUAUCAGAGAGAACAUUCGGACUCUGGUUUUCUGGGAUUGGCUUAUUUCACUUAGCAUGAUAUGCUCCAGUUCCAUCCGUUUACUGCCAAAUGCCAUAAUUUCAUUCUUCUUUAAGGCUGAGUAAUAUUCCAUUGUGUAUAUAUGCCACAUUUUAUUUAUCCAUUCAUCUGUUGAGGGGCAUCUAGGUUGGUUACGUAGUUUAGCUAUUGUAAAUGGAGCUGCUGUAAACAUUGAUGUGGCUGCGUCACUAUAGUAUACUGAUACUAAGUCCUUUGUGUAUAAACUGAGGAGUGUGAUAGCUGGAUCCAAUGGUGGUUCCAUUCCAAGUUUUCUGAGGAAUCUCCAUACUGCUUUCCAGAGUGGUUGCACCAAUUUUCAGUCCCAUCAGCAAUGUACGAGUGUGCCUUUUCUCCCAUAUCCUCAUCAACAUUAAUUGUUACUUGUGUUCUUCAUAAUUGCUGUUCUGACUGGGGUAAGAUGGAAUCUCACUGUAGUUUUGAUUUGCGUUUCUGUAAUUGCUAGAGAUGUUGAACAUUUUUUCAUAGGAAACAAUUAAGAAUGUGAACAGAGAGCCUACAGAAUAGGAAAAAAAUCUUUGCUACCUGUACGUCAGAUGGAGCAUUAAUCUCCAUGGUAUGCAAAGAACUCAAACAACAUAACACCAAAAAAAAAAUAAUAACUCAGUUAAUAAAUGGGCAAAGAACUGAGUAGGCACUUCACAGAACAAGAAACACAAGUGGUUGAAAUUGAAUUUCUGACCCUGCAAAAGGGAGGAUCAGAGCUUUAAUAUGUACUUAGAUUAUCCUGUGUGUUAGUUUGGGUAGGUCCUUGAUUAUCUGUGCAGGAGAUUGUGGUGGGAUUGAAAUUCCCAUAAAGAAGAAUAGAGAGGGAUCUGGAGGAGUGUGGGAAAGCUGUCAGACUAUGGUGUUAGGUGUGAUGUCUGAAGAAGAGAGUGGAAGAAGGAUGUUUAGGAAAAUUCUUGAAAUGCAGGUAUAAGAAAGUUCCAGCAAGACCAAUGGUGGGUUGUUGAGCUAAAGUCACCUUUUAGAAAAGUCCUGCAGGAUCAGACUGAUAAAUAGUAGUCCUUGCUAUUUGCCUCUGUCUCGGCCAUUGUGUCUAUUUUGUUCAUGUGCCCAUAGUGCCUGGUCUGUGUUAGCCAGUGACAAAGGCCUAUGCAGUUGACUGAAUCAUUUUGCCUUGUUGUUUUAAAACAUGUGACAGAAUUGAAUCAUACAGUUGUGAGGGCUUGAUUAGGUAAGCCUGAAAUUCAUAAGGUCAGAGUUGACAUUGUAGUCCUUAGGCAGAAUUUUACCAGGAACAGUUUUUACUGUUAAGGCUUUCAGCUGAUUAGAUGAGACCCACUCAGCUCAUCAGGGGUAAUCUUAAGAUCAGUUGAUGGUAGAUAUUAACCACAUCUAUAAAAUAUCUUCGCAGCAACACCUAGAUUUAGUGUUUUGAACAACUGGGAGCUAUAGCCAGCCUAAGACAAAUUAACACAAACUAAUCAUCACAAUUUACCAUCUUGUCCAACCGUGGCGUUCAGUUUUAGACAUUUCUACUUGGCUUUCCUCAUUGGGACAGCUGUUCCUCGACAGGCAAUGGAACCCUUGUGGGGCUUAUUCCAACUACCAAGACGAUUCCAGUUAUAUAUACUUGGGACUAGGAAAUGACCACUGAGUAAAUCAGUAGGCUCACUAUGAGCCCUAUUUGAGUCACUCAGAACUUAGUUGUUACUUGGCCUCAAUAAAUCCUCAGUUUAAUGGGCACUGUGAUGAUGCUUCCAGUCUCUAGGUAUCAGUCAACUUAGGUUCUCAGUGUACUGUUCAUCAAAAUGUUGGAAUAUUCUUUCCCCAGUGUACAUACAUUCAAGUAAGUGGCUAUAGGUUCCUUUGGGGAAGUUUAGGGAAGUCAUUGCAUACCAUUGUCCUCCCCAGGAACCCAGAUACCUCUUUCCAGAUCUGAACUGGGCUGAAGAAGUCUGGGAGUUGAUUAAGAAAUUAUAAAUUUUUAUUAGAGGAAAAGUACUCAGGCUCCUGUUCUUCCACUCUUUUUCAGCCUCUAGAUACUGAGUAACACCUUUGUUUGGCUGUUGGUAUUGCUCUUGGGGAUACCAUGUUCCUUUAGCCAUUUCCAGACUGCCUGAAAAUAAAGCACUCCUGGCUACCCAUCAGACCUUGUAGUUACAGUAUUUGUGGCCUCCCUGAGUCUGGUGCUUAAGUGCAUCUACCUACUCUCUAUUCCUCUGGAGCCCCUUCAUUCCCUUGGAUGUUAGAGUCCACCUCUGAGGGUUUCCCUCUGUCCUCUUUGACUUGCAGCAGAGGCUACCACUGACCUUACGCAUGCUGGUGCCCCUGUCACCAGUACAUUCCUGAUGGCCCUUGUUUUCUCUGACCCCUCUGUGGAGCACUGUCAUCUGAUGGGGUUUUUGAUCACAUAGUCCCUUCACUCCAGUAUACCCUUUUCUUUUGACUUUUUCUUUCUGUGCUGUUUUCCAAGGCAGCUAAGGCCUCUAUUUUUUUCAGCAUUGGCCAUUACUUUUACCAGCCUUCCAGGAGCCACCUAGAGGCUGCUUGCCCACUGUGGUCUUUGCCAGGGGGUUAAAUCGUGAAUCCUGAGAAAGUGCUUCCAAGUCCGAAAUCUUGCUUUUCUGGCCUUCUUGAUAUAGCAUCCUUGAAAUCCAAACCUAGUGCUUUCUUGUUGGUGUGUGUCAGCUGAUUCUAGUAGCUCGCUGGUAUGUAUGCUCUUCCUUAAUAAGCCCAGUAUUUCACAGCCAGGCUAUGUUGGGAUUAAACCCUACUCAUCCACUUAAUAAUCAGGAGAGGCUGCAUUCAGCUCCUCUGAGGGGUACAUUAGUUCUAGGCUUUGGGAAUUAGUUUGUAGCCUCUUCUGGUGCAGGGGAAGUGCUAUAUAAUAUGAUAUAGCACUAGAGAACAUAGUGGUUGCAGGAUCAGUACCCUCAGGGAUGUCUGGUUAAGUGUUCCCAUCCCAUAUUUCAAGGUGCUAGCACACCUGAAAGGCCAUUCCCCUAGGCCAUCUCCAUAGAAAUUGUUAGCAGUGGACUGCCACCCUAUGUCAUAGGUUAUUCGUGCCCAAUAUCCCACUCACAACAGUGUCCAGAACCCCAUCUUACCAUGGCCUGUUUUCCUAUUUCACUGGCACCAGUUGUGCUAGUUUGGCCUCUCUGAGAAGCAGAUGUGAAGAUGGGAUUAGACAUACAAGAGAUUAAGGAAAACCGAAGGAAAUGGGGAGGAAGCUGGGAAGAGCCUGGAUGCAGGUCUAACCCUUGUGGAUGAGAUUGAAGUUAGGAGGGGUGAUAGAAAGAGCCUUGAACUGUGGUUCUAAGACCUUUUCAGGCAAAGAAAUGUGUCUGUUGGGAGAAGCUGUGUACCUAGACCCUGAGCACACCUUCAUGUUCUUGUUGGCUGGCUUAGACUGCAAGCUUAUCCAUCUCCUAAUACUGAACUAUUGCUGCAGUCACGUAGGCAACUAAGUAUGACAAGGUGAUCACAGUGUGAGUACUAUUUAAACUUGCUUUCCAGGGGAGGGAUACUGGUUUGUUUACUCAUUACACAAAAAGUCCCAAGUCCUUGACCCCAGAUUCCUCAGCUGUAAUCCAACCCCCCACAUAUGUUGCAUUCAUCUGAGCCUAUUGCAUUGCCCUGGUACUUGGGAGCAGGGGAGUUGGAGAAGCUAUGUGGAUGUUCAUAGCGUUCACUGUAUUUUAAUAAACUCUUGUUCUAAACCA